AGUGCAGCCAGCGCCCCGGGCGCAUGCGCACUGCCGCCCAGAGCCGCGCAGACGCAGGCGCAUAACCGCCUCCCGCUCUCAGCUCGCGUUCCGCCACGCUCGCUAUGGCGGUCCCGAGGACCUCCCUCUAGCCCCGCCCCUCUGUGACGCGCCGGGGAUCACCUGACCCGGCUGCGGGGCUUCGGGGACAGAAGGGAAGUCGUUGCGGCCGGAGGGGCACUUCAGAAACCUCCCUCUCCGUGGCUGCUGUCGCCUCCUUGGUCUCCAUCGCCAGAGUCCCGCCGACACCGGCCCCGUCGGACCCAUUGAAGCCCGCUCCCCCUCCCUGGUCCUCCCCCGCCCCGCACGAUGCCUUCGGAGAAGACCUUCAAGCAGCGCCGGACCUUCGAACAAAGAGUAGAAGAUGUGAGACUUAUUCGAGAGCAGCAUCCUACUAAGAUACCGGUGAUAAUAGAAAGAUACAAGGGUGAGAAACAACUUCCUGUACUGGAUAAAACCAAAUUCCUUGUACCAGAUCAUGUCAACAUGAGUGAACUAAUCAAAAUAAUUAGAAGGCGCCUACAGCUGAAUGCUAAUCAAGCUUUCUUCCUAUUGGUGAAUGGACACAGCAUGGUGAGCGUCUCAACACCUAUUUCUGAAGUGUAUGAAAGCGAGAAGGAUGAAGAUGGAUUCUUGUAUAUGGUAUAUGCUUCUCAGGAGACAUUUGGAAAGAAAUCUUCAGUGUAAGACCUAGUACAAAGCCUCUAUACUAGAAUUUUUUAAGCCCUCAUCCAGGAAAAAAGGGAUGUUACCAACUGAAAUUGAUCAGUUCAUCUAAUCACAGUCAGUUCACCAAAAUAGAAGUAUUACCUACCACCUUAGGGGUUUUUAGUAAGUUGUCUCUUGUAUUACAUGCAUAUGUAAUAAUACAUGUUCAUUUCCAAAAGCAUAUACAAUACAGCUUUGGGAAACUCCUUUUUUCACCUAGGAUAUCUUGUUUUUAAGUUUUAGGUUUAGAAACAUACUUGCAUUCUAAGUUGCCAAUAAAAUGGACAUUUGAAUUGCUGUAGUGAAAUUUUUUUAAAAAUAGGAAUUUCAAUUCCAGUGGUAACCUUUAAGCAUUUAGUAAUGUAUGGAAACUGCUACUUUUAUAGGAAAGUUUCUCUUUAAGUAAGCUUGUCAAAUGUCAUAUCUAUUUUUUUUUAAGUCCAUUUACUAUCAGUGGCUGCAGCAAAACAGGGUAAACGGGGGGCAAAAAAGUCUAGCUUAUGCUGGAAUUGAUGCAUAGAUUCCAAUUUAGUAAACUAGCAACUUCCUUGUUGUCACUUGUUUUCUAUAUAGUCAUACAGAAACACCAUGAAUUCUAUGGGUAAAUUGAAUCUUGCUUUCUUAAUACUUAGUUUCCAGAAAGUUCCUUGAUAACAAAGGGAUGGUGUUUCUUAUAUUAUGGAUUUGCUCUGAUUUAGAGACUGUCAAACAGGUGCAGCAGAAUAAGUCUUCUCUGAUGCUGUUAGUAACUACAUCAUCCCAGAACUUUGGAGCAUUAAAAUUCAUUUUGCACUCCCUUGCACCUUUUGGGUUAAGUCUAUAGUCUGAUUUGUUAUAUUUCAAGUGGAAAAGUAACUGCUUCACUAAAAUACUUUAUUAAAAUUUUAACUGUAAGCAUACUUCAGAUAUUACUGUUAAUCAUACAAACCCAUCUGAGUUUACGUGCAUGUCAUUUUGUAAAGAGAAUGUAGCAAAGGGGUAAAGCUGCUUUCAACAAUGUCAGUUUAUUUAAUAUCUUGAGCAAAGAAUUAUUUAAGUACUUCCUGCUACUUGCAUGGGGUGUUGACAACUUAUUUUCAUGGGAGUAUCACAGAAAGUUCAUUGUUAUACCAGUUGGACUGAAAUAUGUAUGUAGCAGAUCAGCUAAAAUUACCCUUGUAUGAUUUAGAUGUGUGUGAAAUAUCUACAACUAUUAGUGAGUUAUUUACCAUAAUGGAAAAAAAGCAAUAUUAUUGCAUCUUGGCACUAUAGUUAAUAAAUGUAUACAACUUGUUUGCCUAUGUUUACCUUCUGCAUGCAUCUGUCCAUAGUGCUAAAUUUUCAUGAGUGUUUUUACUGCUAUGUAAAUUCUUAAUCAACCUGUCUUGUUAGGUUGUAUAAGAUGUUCAUGUUUAACAAAACACCUGACAUCAAUCUUGUAAUUGCUGUGUGAUCAGUAAGGUUCCUGUAAAAUAUGUUGCUUUUUUUAAUUUAAUACAGUGUGGAUAGGGAUGAAUUAUAUCCCAAAUUAAA